AAAUAAAUGGCUACUGGACAGGAUCGAGUGGUUGCUCUUGUAGAUAUGGAUUGUUUUUUUGUCCAAGUGGAACAACGGCAAAAUCCUCAUUUGAGGAAUAAACCUUGUGCAGUCGUACAGUACAAAUCAUGGAAAGGUGGUGGAAUUAUUGCAGUGAGUUAUGAAGCUCGUGCGUUUGGGGUCACUAGAAACAUGUGGGCAGACGAUGCUAAGAAGUUAUGUCCAGAUCUUCUACUGGCCCAAGUUCGUGAAUCCCGUGGGAAAGCUAACCUCACCAAGUACCGGGAAGCUAGUGUUGAAGUCAUGGAGAUAAUGUCUCACUUUGCUGUGAUUGAACGUGCCAGCAUUGAUGAGGCUUAUAUAGAUCUGACCAGUGCUGUGCAAGACAGACUUGAAAAGUUACAAGGCCAGCCUAUCUCAGCAGACUUGUUACCCACCACGUACAUUGAAGGGCUGCCCCGAGGCCCUACAGUAGAAGAGACUGUCCAGAAAGAGGAGAUUCGAAAACAAGGCUUACUUCAGUGGCUUGGUUCUCUUCAGAUUGAUGAUGCCACCUCUCCAGACCUACAGUUGACUGUGGGAGCAGUGAUUGUGGAAGAAAUGAGAGCAGCCAUAGAGAGGAAGACUGGUUUUCAGUGUUCAGCUGGAAUUUCACACAAUAAGGUCCUGGCAAAACUCGCUUGUGGACUAAACAAGCCAAACCGCCAGACUCUGGUCUCACAUGGGUCAGUCCCACAGCUCUUCAGCCAGAUGCCAAUUCGUAAAAUCCGCAGUCUUGGGGGAAAGCUCGGGGCCUCUGUCAUUGAAAUCCUUGGGGUAGAGUACAUGGGUGAACUGACCCAGUUCACUGAAUCUCAGCUACAGAGUCAUUUCGGAGAGAAGAAUGGAUCAUGGCUGUAUGCCAUGUGCCGAGGGAUUGAACAUGAUCCAGUUAAACCCAGGCAGUUACCUAAAAGUAUUGGCUGUAGUAAGAACUUCCCAGGGAAAACGGCUCUGGCUACUCGGGAUCAGGUACAAUGGUGGCUCUUGCAGUUAGCCCUGGAACUUGAGGAGAGACUAACCAAAGACCGAAAUGAUAAUGACAGGGUGGCCACUCAGUUGGCUGUCAGUAUUCGUGUACAAGGAGACAAACGUCUUAGCAGUCUGCGCCGUUGCUGUGCCCUCACUCAAUAUGAUGCUCAUAAGAUGAGCCAGGAUGCAUUUGCUGCCAUCAGGAAUUGUAAUACUUCUGGAAUCCAAACUGAGUGGUCCCCUCCCCUCACAAUGCUCUUCCUUUGUGCUACCAAAUUCUCUGCCUCUGCCCCUUCAUCUUGCACAGACAUCACCGUCUUCUUGAGUAAUGACUCAAGUUGUCAGCCAAAGGUGCCAACUGCUGGCUCUGAAACUAAGACCCAGGGAACUGGUGCAGCUUUGCCCACCUCUAAAAAGGCAGCCACCUCUCUGGAGUCUUUUUUUCAAAAAGCUGCUGAAAAGCAGAGACUGAAAGAGACUUCCCUUGUACCUCUCAACACGUUCACAGACAAGUCACCACCCAAGCCCUCGCUACCAUUCCAAACCAGCCGGACCACAGGAAUUGAGCCCUUCUUUAAGCAGAAGAGGCUGCUGUCACAGCAGACACAGCUUAGUAAUUCUUCAGCUGCUUCCCUUCCACAGAAGGAUUCUGGAGUGACAGCAAGCUGUUUUCCAACUGAGUGUGCAGAUGGUGGCCCGCCUUAUGAAAGCGUUUUGGAGUCAGUACCCUCUGGAGGGAUUUCUACAGAAAUGGACAUGGCUGGGAACAGUCCAGACAUGCUUGAGUCUUCAAUUUACAACUCUGAGGUGGUGGCCCAAAGGGCAACUGAGGACCAAGUGCUCUGUGAGAAGUGUGACUCCUUAGUCCCAGUAUGGGACAUGCCAGAACACACAGACUAUCAUUUUGCAUUGGAGUUGCAGAAGUCUUUUUUGCAGCCUUGUACUUCAAAACCCCAAGCUGUUCCUGCCAUGUCUCCUCAAGGCAAAAGAAAUCCCAAGAGUCCUUUGGCUUCCAGUAAUAAACGCCUUAGGAUUCAUGGCAUGCAGACACUGGAAUCAUUUUUUAAGCCGUUGACACAUUAAUGCUGCCCUCAGGCUUGCAGGAGAGCUUUACUAGUAACUUGAGAGAUAAAAUCAUGUUGAUUUCUCAAGAGAAAUCUAUGAAAUUUUUAAUACAAAAUUAGGUUAAAUUUCUCUCUUCCAUGGGAUUCUAAAGCUGUUGCUGAUCAAAAUGUUUUUAUUCUUCAGGGAGACACUGUCAUAAAAGGUGAAAGGAACCUUGGCAAACUCCGUAUCUCACUCUGUUAUCUAUAAAAUUGAAGAUCAUAUAUUUAGGGAUGUAACUCAAGAGAUACAGCGCCCCCCCCAAAAAAAAAACCCCAAAGUCCUUACUUAAAAUUGGAACAGAAAGGAGAAAAAUGGGGUUGGGGAUAUAGUUGGUAGAAUACUGGCCUAGGAUAGCACAUGCAAGGCCCUGUGUUCAAUUCUCAGUACUGGAGGAAAAAAAAAAACAUGGGUAGAUGAGACAUGCAGUCUUCCUGAGUCACCCAGGUGUUGGGAUUAAAUCUUAUGACCUUGAGUUCUAUAUGAAUCCAGGUAGUAGGUUAAAUGAGUAGGAAGACAGCAUACACAUCUCUCUUCCAAUACAUAAAUACAAAUCAGUUUCAUUUUACUUAUUUAUAAAUUGGACCUGUGUGUGUUACUUCAAGGGGAAAGGUUAGCAGGAAAUGACCCUUUCCUUUGAAGUUGCUGUGGCUUUUCCCUAGCUGGAUUAGUAGCUUCUUAAAGGCUUGCAGGUCGUAUGUUCUUCAUAUUGGUUCAAUGUAUGUAGUAGAAAACCAUACAUCUGGUUACCCAAACUAGGACAAUAAAAAUGUAUUUGAGGA